AAGCUAUUGCCAUGUUGUUGACUUCUUUCAGCAAAGGCGCACGGAACGCCUCCUUCGGGGAAGCCGCUGAGCUCUCCAACUCCAUCCCGUCAUCAUCAUCAUGGCUCUCCAGUCUAAAAUCCUCGACUCCUAAUUCUGUUGUCAGUCUCGCGUUUCUUGGACUUGGAGAACCUACUCCCCACUUAUUGAUUUUUCCACCAACAACUUGGCCAGGAUGUUUUCUCGCUGAGACGGAGAUCGGUAGCUUCUCUAUCCAGAUCGACCAAGGGGGAAUUGUGCUGCUGCCGGGCGCAUGCAUGCUAUCUGUUUGUGGAAUCGCCACAAUAUAGAACCGAUUCUUGAAUUCUUACAAGCAAAAGCUUCGUUCGUGCGGUGAGCUGAUUCCAGGAACAGUUGUUAUAGCGGUCUUGAGGCGAGGCCAUGGAAGUCGUGCAAACACUUGCCUCGGCGGUGCAGCUGGUGUCUGCAAUGGUGUCUGCGGUGGGAGCACUGGAGCAGGCGGCCGCGGACGCUGCGGAGGCUCCGAGGAGGCUCCAGGUGCUCGAGGAUUUCGUGUCCGACCUUGAGCUGCUGAUGCAGCAGGCUAAGCAGAAGCACGCUCACAAGAUGCACGGCCCGCAGCUGGAGCGUCAGUUCCAGAGCUUGAGCAGGCUCAUGGAUCAGCUCCGCGGCAAUAUCAUCAAGGCCAGGCGAGCCUUGAAGAAGGGCAAAGGGAAGGGCUUGGCCAGGGUGGUGUGGAGCUCGGUGGUGGGAGACCCACUCAUGAAGUAUAUCCAGCUGAUCAGGGAUGAUUUGAACUGGUGGCUGGAACUGCAGAAGCUGUCACAGAGCGUCGGCAAUGCCAUAGCAUCUACAGCCAAGGGUACACCAUCGUUGCUGAGAGUCAAGUCUGAACAUGGCUAUCCAGUGUCGACGAAAUGCAACUACGUUAGGGAGCUUUUGGAAAAGGAUGAUGGCCAUCGAGUUGUCCUCAUUGUUGGGCUAUCUGGUAUCGGGAAGUCGUGCCUCGCUCGACAGAUAGCUUCUGAGCCGCCUGAUAAUUUUGUGGAUGGUGCAAUUGAGAUUAGUUUCGGGCGGUGGUGCAGUAGAGCAGCAUGUAGUGGAAGCAGGAGUGAGUACCAUAAACGUCUUGUUAGGAAGAUAUGCAAAUUCCUAGUACAAAUUGGUUCCAUGACUGUGAAUGAGGACACGGCAAAAGAUCUUGAAGAUGUGUGUUGCUUGCUUCAGACCUCGUUGGUCGGAAGGAGCAUGUUAAUACUACUCGAUGACGUGUGGGAGCAAGACAUAGUUGAUCGCUUCACAAAGCUAUAUGAUAAUGAUUGCCGGUAUCUUGUGACAACAAGGGAUGAAGCAGUUUAUGAGAUAGCAGAAGCUGAAAAAGUAGAAAUAUCCAAAGAUGACAUCAAGAGAAUCAGCAAGGGCAUUCUUCUAUACCAUAGUCUUCUUAGUGCUGAAGAACUUCCGCCUGUUGCAGACGGCUUGCUAGACCGUUGUGGACACCAUCCCCUUACAGUUGCUGUGUUGGGUAAGGCUCUCAGGAAGGAGACCAGAGUAGAGAAAUGGGAGAAAGCAAUAUCCAACCUUUCCACAUAUGCAACUUGUGCACCAGGUCCAGUUUCAUAUGUCAACGAGAAAGAAGUCGAGACCACACUGACCAUCUUUGGAUCUUUUGAGUUCAGCUUGGAAGCAAUGCCUGCAAACUCCCGAAGGUUUUUCAUGGUCCUAGCAGCUAUUUCAUGGGAAGAACCUGUUCCAGAAGCAUGCCUGGAAUCCAUUUGGUCAGCACUUAUGCAGGACAGUUUAUUCCCUAUUGUGGUUUCAAAACUAGUAGAAGGCUCACUCAUCAUCAAAAUGGAAGACCAAUCAAUGUAUCAUAUGCAUGACAUGGUUUCUCUUUACCUUGAGGACAAAGCAAAUGAUGCUCUUCAUACUGUUUUGACUGAUUCAUUUCCUGAAUAUGCUGCAUUGGUGGCUCCUUGGCUUUUUAUUUUUGGCAAAGAGGGUGUGAAAGGGUCUGCUGAGCAGAAGAUGAGAUCAUUCUUUUCUUUGCUAGAGUUCUUGGAGAUUGGGAUCUUACUGGGAAGCACCACCCAAGCUCUCAUGGCAUGCAAAUCAAUAUCUGAAUUCGAGGCUAGCAGGAUUGGCUUCAGAAAAAUACUUGGACCUCAAAUAGCGGAGCUAAUUUCUGUUGGGUCACCAGCUCUCAUUGUUGCUGUCACCAAAGCCAUUACAGUCAUCUUUUUCAAUGCAGACUAUGCAAAUCUCGCCCAAUCUCUUGAAACAGCAGGUUCUGUCGAUAAAUUGAUCUGUGUUCUUCAUGGCUAUGAAGAUUCUUCAACUCUAGCUAACGUUUCUGCUGUUCUUGCCAAGGUAUCUGAGCAUGUCAGUGCCACAAUUGCCGACGAAAUUUUGGCAAGCAUUCCCAUGGAUCGAAUUGCAGAAUUAUUGUCUCCAGAAAAUGAGGAGUGGCAUGAAAUUGUGUUUACAACUUUAGCAUCUCUGAUAAAAGUGGGAAAUUUAAAGGCUGUUGAGAGAAUGAUUGAAGCAGGAGUUGACAAGAAGCUUCUGGUACUUCUGGGCUGUGGUUCUGAGAUCUCACAGCAUCAUGCAAUUAUCACACUAAAAACUUUCUGUGAGCUUGGUGCACCACUUCAAGAGUGCAUGGGGCCUGGAUUGUUGAUUCAUUUGCCAUGGCAUGCUCGGCUUACCUUGGAGAGAUUUGUUUUAUCGGACCAGAAUGUAGCCCCAUCACCGAAGCCUCAAUAUUUCGAGGUGCUUCUUCACAGGAUUCUACGGACAGAUAACAAAGAUAUCAUUGAAGCUAUCCAAGGUUUAAUACCUCUUGCUGAGAGGGCUAAUGAUCCUAGAGUGCAAGAUCUUCUUUUGGGAAGCAAUCUGUCUGAUAGGUUGGCAUUUCUGCUGCAACGUAGAGAAAUCGAAAACAACCAAGUGAGGUCUCAGACUGCCUUUCUGGUAAUGAAAUUGGCCUGCACCGGAGGAGAGCCAUACGUCCGCAGGUUCCUGGAGCUUGAUAUUGUUGAUGAGCUCAUUGUGAUGAUGCAGUCCUCCACUGAUGACCUACAGGAUUCAGCAUACCAUGCUCUACAUCAGAUUGUGUAUGCAAAGGGAGGAUCAGUAGUCCUGCAGAGAUUUUUAAAACGGGGAACUAUAGAAAAAUUAGUCAAUCUACUCGACCGUAAGUGUGUUAAGACGAAGGAUCUUGUGGUGCAACUUCUGGUAGACAUUGCAGCGGUUGGAACCAAACCCUGCAUCGAAAGAAUGCUCUCUUCCAAAGUCAUUGAGAAGCUUGUUGCCCUCGAGGAAGCAGGUGAGCCUUUCAGUGGAGCAGUGUCGAGAUACAUCCAUGGAUUGAACAUGUGCGAGAACAUCCAGUCUGCUGAGAGAUCAGUGAUGAAACAACAUAUUAUGAGGAAAGUGAGAUCAGCAGCGAGAGGGCAUAAUCUGGAGAUGGGUCUAGUUGCCUCUGUGGAGGCCUGCAUUUCUGAAGGCACAAAAGGAGCCAGCAGUAGCAGGAGAAAAAGAUAGCCUUUUGGUGCAAAACAUUGCGCUGACCCAACGGAAGCUGAUACAAGUUUGCCAUGAAGGCCUAAUGCUGGCCUUGCAUUGGAGUGACAAGCCAAUUCUUGUGGAACUGGACUGCUCAAACUAGUGGACUCACUCAUGGAGAAGUCCCAGGAUCGGUCAUCACUCACACACCUCAUUUCGGGUAUUAAAGCUUUAGUAGAUUUAUUUCCUAUAUAAAAGUGGAUCUUAUACAAAAUAGUGUUAGUCACUGUCUCGCGAAAAGGAGGAACUGAUACAUGGUGUGGCCCGGGUCUCCUGACUGUUUGGUUCAGGUGCUUGAUCAUGACCGUCUUGUAAUCCCUAUGGAGUUAUAAAAUCUUAUUUUACCCGCAAAUAAAAACUCCAUACCAGUAUUUCUUUUUCAGUAAA